AUGGCGUCGAGUGAGGUCAGCAGCGUCCCGCCUUCAAGUGACGGAGGUCAGUAUGCGAUCGACAGUGCACCCCUCGUGAAGUGUCGCUCACAUGUCAUAGGUCAGGAAAAGCAGAAAAUGCUUCUCUCUGAAGAGCAUGGACAUUUCAGCAUGGUGAAAGCUCUCCACCUUGCCGAUCUGGUUACUGAGUUAAAUGUCAUGUCCGUCUUCUCUUCCAUGCGCUACUGUCUCGGAGAUCCCACAGAAUACGGUGCCAUGUGGACUGCCCUUGCAUUCAUGCCAUUUGGUCUCUUCUUCGACUUUAUGGAUGGGAAAAUUGCUCGCUGGCGCAAGAAGUCGUCCCUGAUGGGACAGGAACUGGACUCGCUCGCCGAUUUGAUUUCUUUCGGUCUCGCUCCCGCCGCAGCAGCCUUUGCGCUUGGCAUUCGCACAAAUGUUGAUCACCUCAUCUUGACCUUUUUCGUUCUGUGUGGUCUCACCCGUCUGGCCCGGUUCAACGUCACCGUGGCUGUUCUGCCGAAGGACAAGAGCGGAAAGUCAAAGUACUUCGAGGGCACUCCCAUUCCCACUACCCUGUAUAUCGCCGGUCUUAUGGCCUACUGUGUCUCCCAAAGCUGGACUCACGAGAACAUCCCCUUCGGUCUUAUUGCCGAAGGUACUGCUCUGGAGUUCCACCCGGCUGCAUUAUUGUUUGUCUUGCAUGGCUGCACGAUGGUUAGCAAGACCAUUCACAUCCCCAAGCCAUAA